AUGCAGUACGAAUUUCUUGUUAAGGACAAAUGUAACAGAGAAGAACUUGAGGAGUCUUUUACGGAGAAUGAAAUUACAACACACCUGAUCCUGUCCGCGCUGGUGGCCGCCGCGUCCGCCGGCUACCUGGGAGGCUACGCCGCUCCCGCCUACGCCGCCCCCGUGGCCGCCUACGCCGCUCCCGUCGCCGCCGUGGCGCACGCCGCCCCCGCUGUGGCCGUCGCGCACGCCCCGGUCGCCUCCUCCGUGGCCAACACGUACAGGAUCUCGCAGACUGCCCGCCUCGCCUACGCCGCCCCCGCCGUGGCCCACGCCCCUGUGGCCUACGCAGCCCCCGCUGUGGCACACGCCCCCGUAGCCUACGCCGCCCCGGCCUACGGCUACGGCCGCUACGCCGCCGCCGCCCCCGCUCUGGGUUACGGAUACGGAGCCUACGGCUACGCCGCCCCCGCUCUCGGCUAUGGCCACGCUCUCGUCCAUUAA